AUGGCCAAGAAGCGGCGCACCAAGAAGCGGAAGGGAACCAGAACGAAACAAGACCCCGCUCAAGGCGCCUGCUCGAGCAUGUCAACCACGGACGAGCUCGCCUCGCACUCGAGCGACGGCCUGUCGAGCGGCGUGCGCGAGAGCGAGAGCGCCGCCACCGAGCUGACGAGCAUCAUGGGCACCGAGGAGACCUCCCAGAGCGGCGUCCUCGAGGCCGACGACGACUGGAACUCCCAGGAGGAGGAGGAGGUGAUGGAGGUCGACGACGACGACGAUGACGACAACUUUUCCGUUCUGGCGCCCAGCCAUUACCCCCGACCGAGCGAAUCCCACCGCACCGAGAUGCCCUACAGCAUGAUGCAGAGCCAUCAAGACAUGUCGUCAACGCGGUCCUUCAUGGAGCGAGAAUUAGACUACCAGUGGGAGAACGGCCGACGGUAUUGCGGUCCGCAUUAUCACCUCCCCAACGAUGAAUGGGAAAUGUGUCGCAUGAGCUUGGUUCAUCGCGUAUACCUCCAUGUUUUUGAUGGCAAGCUGAGUACGGUGCCGCUGGAUACCCCGCAAAGGAUACUCGAUAUCGGAACGGGCAUCGGCGAGUGGGCGAUAGGUAUGGCGGACGAGCACCCGAACUGCGAGGUCAUCGGCACAGACAUUUCCGCCAUUGCGCCUACAUCGAUACCGAUGAACUGUUUUUUCGAAGUCGACGACGCCGAGCUCGAGUGGGAACGCGAGCUCAACUCGUUCGACCUGGUGCACUUCCGCCACAUGAUGGCGGCAUUCGAAGACUGGAACUUCAUUUACAAGGAGGCUUUCAAGGUCAUCAGGCCCGGCGGUUGGAUCGAGAUGCUGGAGUGGGAUGAUCAGCAGGGCUUCAAGAAGUUCUUGUCAGAGUUCCCUCCCACGUCGGAAAUCCACGAGCUGCAGAGAGAUCUCACGAUCGCGGGAACCAAGGCAGGCCGCGCUCGCGGCGUGUCACACAUGAACCCCAAGCUACUGACGGACGCCGGGUUCACGGAUAUUAAGCUGACGGAGCACACGAUCCCGAUCAACGUGGAGACGAGUGAAGGCAAGUUGUGGUUGAUUGUGUGCAUCGACGGGCUGGAGGCAGAGUGCCUGAGACCGUUGACGAAGUAUAUGGGGUGGGAGCCGGAACGAGUGAAGACGGCCUGUCACAACGUCGCGAAAGAGAUGGCCCGUCUGGCGAAGGACCCGAUCAAAUCCCACGGACUCGUCGUCAAGGCUCGUUGUCUGAUUGGAAGGAAACCGCUGGGCAUGGUAUCGCCGCCGUCGAGAGUGCUGCAGAGAUCCUACGACGAGGCGUCAGAAACCGACGACACAGCGAGAGAAGACAGCCACAGCAGGCACCACGGUGAAGGGAGCAUCCACGAGUCCAGGACGGACGUUGAAGCUUGA